GGGGGACAGGAUCGCCUAAAAAUCGUGUGAGUGAGGACCGUAGGUGUUCUCGGUGGACCUGUCUGCAGCCUCAGGUGCGCUCUGCAGGUCUGGUCAUUGCGCAGCCGCAACAUUGUUGCACACCGCCGCUGAAAAGAGAGGAAGAAAGGUUGGUUUGGGUCGGCACGACCAGUACAAUUGGGGCGUCACAGCCGCUUGCUCAUUGUGCACUGUAGCGUCACAGGCCUGUUUAGGAAACACCUGGGAACCUCCAGCUUCACCCCUGACUGAUGGAGCUCUUCAGCUUCAUGUGUGCAGCGCUGCUGUGCACCGUGGUGGUGCAAGGUAAGCCCACGUUAAGGAAAGACAGAGUUCUUCAUGAGCCAGAAUUGGGCAGGCCAGCCCACGAAGACAAUAACAGCUUCCAAUACGACCAUGAGGCCUUUCUUGGCAAAGAGGAAGCCAGGACAUUUGACCAGCUCACUCCCGAGGAGAGCAAGGACAGGCUUGGUAAAAUAGUGGACAGGAUAGACGGUGACGCGGACGGCUACAUCAGCGCAGCUGAACUCAAGGCUUGGAUAAAACGCGUACAGAAGCGUUACGUUUAUGAGAAUGUGGCAAAGGUGUGGACAGACUAUGAUCUGAACAAAGACAACAAGAUUUCGUGGGAUGAGUACAAGCAAGCCACAUACGGAUACUACCUUGCAAACCCGGAGGAGUUUGAGGAAGCAACCGACCAGUUUAGCUUCAAGAAGAUGCUCCCUCGUGAUGAGAGGAGGUUUAAAACAGCUGAUCUGGAUGGGGACCUUGCAGCAGACAGAGAAGAGUUCACAUCCUUCCUCCACCCUGAGGAGUUUGAACACAUGAGGGAUACUGUGGUUCUGGAAACCCUGGAGGACAUUGACAAGAACGGAGACGGACACGUGGAUGAAGAUGAGUAUAUUGCCGACAUGUUUGCCCAUGAGGAAGGGGGUCCGGAGCCAGACUGGAUCAAGACCGAGAGGGAACAGUUCUCUGACUUCCGAGACUUGAACAAAGAUGGUAAGAUGGACCAGGACGAAAUCCGCCACUGGAUUAUGCCACAAGACUACGACCAUGCCCAAGCUGAGGCCAGACAUCUGGUGUACGAGUCUGACCAGGACAAGGACCAGAUGCUGACCAAAGAGGAGAUCCUUGAAAAUUGGAACAUGUUUGUUGGAAGCCAAGCCACCAACUACGGAGAGGACCUCACCAAGAACCACGAUGAGCUCUGAGCUCUCAGUGCAGCAUCUGAAGGGUGUGCGAGGAGCAUUGGUGAACAUCUUUGUCUUCAAAGACCAAAUCGAACUCUUGCACCUCCUCCCAUCUCCGCAACCACAACUCCAUCCUUUGCUUGUAGUAGUGGGACAGAUGUCGGAGUGUUGGAUUGUAAGUCAACACUGUAGAAACCAAACAAUAGGAGGGUUAAGGGUUGGUCGUACCACUAACACUAAGGGUCCUUCUCGGUUCUGUUUCUGACAUUCAGGAGCAAACCCAGACACGGUGGACUUGCUCUUCAUCGAUGGUGCCUUCCAGCCGCAUCGUCGGCGUCACUGCCUCAGAGAUCUGUGUAGAAAGUCAUUAAUAAAACUUGUCAAAGCUAAAUGCCGAGCUUUAGGUGAAUUGUAAUAUACAAGAACAGUUUUUUGAUAGCUCUGUUAAUGUGAAACUACAGCGCAGAACAUUUAUUAUGAUUUUAUUUAUUUAUCAAAUCUCUUCUGUACUUUAAGUUUGAGAGGAAUACAGUUAUUGUUUUAUUCACAACUCAUGUUUCUUUGUUUACAGUUUCCUGGCCACAUGAUUUUAAAGAUUUGAUGUUUUUGGAUUAGUAAAGUGCUAUAAGAAAUGUUUAUUAUUGGACAAUUAGUGGCAUGGUUUUUGCACGUGUUUGGAUUAAGUGUAGCCUGUGAAAUAUUUUUUUCUUCAUACUUAGUUUGAAAUGUAUUUAUUGGUAUACUUAGUCAACAGUAUGCUCCAUGUUAAAUUUCGUCACAUUUGAGCUUCUUACUUUAACAAAUGUCUAUUUUAAGGUUGUUUUCUGAGUACUGUGUUGGUUUGAAUACAUCACUCCACAUGAUUCCUUAUUUCCUGUUCCAUCACUCAGAGGUCAUCUUUUUGUAUUAGAUGUACCAAAUGUAUUUACACGGCAUUUGGCAUUGUAUACACAGUAUAAGACUGGUGUUUUAUAACAUCAGAAAGUCAUCUUUUGUUUCUUGUUUUUAAAUCAAAUAUUCUGUAUUUCCUAAUGGGUACUUUGUCUGACAGGUGCAUAGAACUAUGCAACUCGUAAAAAAGACCCUACUAUGACCAGAACUUGUAUGUUUGGUCAAAUAAAUGUCACUCACCCUUUUUUCUCCUUUUCAUCUUUCUCUGUUGUGCUUUCCUCCAAAACCUCAUUUCAUUAUUAGUCCACAACACACAUUGGCACAAACACAUCAAUAUGUCUUCUUUUCAACACUGCACAUGUUCAUGAAUUGUGUCACAAUA